CCACACAGAACUCGGGCGCGCGGCCGUCAAUGGCACUGAGUAGUGCACGUCAUCUAUCUCUAUCAUGUAGCUAGAAACGCUAGUACGACUCGAAAUUCUUCACCGAUUCGGCCUUUACGACCAACAUUGAGGUCGCACUCAGCUUCCUCCAGCCAAGGUGAAACAAUUUGUCAAAGAUGUUUGCUAAAGCUCGCGAGCCCAACCGAGAGCCGCUGAGGGCAGAACUAACCGUGUAAAUUGAACCGCAUUAGCUAGCUAGCUGGGUUUACCUUUAUCUACGCUAAUCGAGUCGAGCUAAUAUCAUUCACGGCCAAAGUCUUUAGAUGUUUAGGGAGACGGUUUUCGAUAAGAAAGGCAAACUCGACGGCAGCCUGGAACGUGGCGUCUUCUGGAGGGGAUAUUUCGAUCUGAGAAACACGGUGGCCUGAGCCAUGGGGGCGUUUUUGGACAAGCCCAAAACGGAGAAGCACAAUGCUCACGGAGAGGGAAACGGCCUGCGUUUUGGCCUGAGCAGUAUGCAGGGAUGGAGAGUUGAGAUGGAAGAUGCACACACUGCAGCCUUGGGCCUGCCGCACGGUCUGGACGACUGGUCCUUCUUUGCGGUCUACGACGGCCACGCCGGCUCCCGCGUCGCUAACUACUGCUCCAAGCAUCUGUUGGAACACAUCGUCGCCGUGGGGUCGGCAGAUGAACUGCGGAAGGCCGGAGCUCCAGCGCCUGAGACGCCGGCCAUAGAUGCGGUGAAGGGAGGAAUCCGUGCCGGCUUCUUGAGGAUCGACGAGCACAUGCGCAGCUUCACAGACCUGCGGAAUGGGAUGGACCGCAGCGGCUCCACCACGGUCGCUGUGCUGCUCUCUCCCGAACACCUGUAUUUCAUCAACUGUGGGGAUUCGCGUGCCCUUCUCUGUCGCAACGCUCACGUCUGCUUCUCUACACUGGACCAUAAACCCUGCGACCCAAGGGAGAAGGAACGCAUUCAAAAUGCAGGUGGCUCGGUGAUGAUCCAGAGGGUCAAUGGGUCGCUGGCUGUUUCUCGUGCACUAGGUGAUUAUGACUACAAGUGUGUUGAGGGCAAGGGCCCCACAGAGCAGCUUGUGUCGCCAGAGCCGGAAAUAUUCGAGAUCGCCCGGUCAGACGCGGAGGAUGAGUUUGUGGUGCUGGCGUGUGAUGGUAUCUGGGAUGUGAUGAGCAACGAGGAGCUGUGUGCCUUUGUGCGAUCGAGGCUGGAGGUGACAGAUGACCUGGAGAGAGUUUGCAACGAGGUGGUAGAUACAUGUCUACACAAGGGAAGUCGAGAUAACAUGAGUAUUGUAUUAGUCUGUUUGCCAAAUGCACCCCAGGUGUCAGAGGAGGCGGUGAAUAAAGACGCAGAGUUGGACAAGUACCUUGAGUCACGCAUGGAGGAGCUCAUAGAGAAAGCAGGGGAAGAAGGCGUGCCUGAGCUGGCACAUGUCAUGAGCAGCCUUUCCCAAGAGAAUAUCACUAACCUCCCACCAGGGGGCGGCCUUGCCAGCAAGCAUAGUGUUAUUGAAGCAGCGUACAAACGGUUGAUCCCCCAAAGAGAAGAGGACGGUGGGUUCCCAAACUUUUCAGCCCGCGAUCCCCAAAAUAACAGUGCCAGGGACUCAUGUCCCCCACUAUUCUCGGAGCCCACCUGUUUCAUUUGAGUGCUGCUGACCUUGAGGACCCCUGGUAGUCGUCCCUGGUAGAACCCUUCUUCUCUACACAGACAUCAGUCGUGUUCCUUUUUCCAGCAAAACCAAGAGAUUCAACGGACAGUCUUUCAAGAGUCACAACACAAUGGAAACCGUUCAACCAAAAGCAUUACAAACACUUUUUUUCCAAUAGAAGAGGGAAAGAUCCAGUUUGAAAAAACUCAACUAAUUGACAAAAUACACAUCAUACAAUAAAAAACAGUUUUCUUA